AGCCAGCUCGAUCUGCGUCACUCUCCCUCGCCGCUCGCCGCCAACCGGAAGGUCCUUACCGGUGAGGAUUUGUUGUGGUAGCGUCUUUCUCCUGCCCUUCAGGGUGAAAAUGUACUACAAAUUCAGCGGUUUUACCCAGAAGCUGACCGGCUCUGCCCCUGGGGCCUCCUUCAGCCCUCAGGGGCUGAAGCCAGGCCUUCCAGCAGAGGCCCCCACCAUGAUCUUUGCCACGCCCACCAAGGUGGUGUCGGAGGGCGUGAGCACAGUGGAGUACCUGGGAGCAAACAAGGUUCCAGACCUCCAGAGGCUAUUCCAGUCGUCAGAUGGUCUCCCCGUCCAUUUGAAGCGCGGGGUUCCCGACAAGCUUCUUUACCGCACCACCAUGGCGCUCACGGUGGGAGGAGUCAUCUACUGCAUGGUGGCUCUUUACAUCGCCGCCCAGCCCAGCAAAAAGUGACCAACGCUUCCGCCCGGAUCUCGCUUUAACACCUCCGACACGCCGCCACCGAAAUCGGCUCGGCAGCCGCAGUCUCCAUCUGCCCUCGCCGUGCCAGCUCUUGGGACUCCUUUUAGAUGAGAAUUUAUCGUUUUCAGGACAUCAGAACAAUAACAACAACAAAAAUAUGUCUUCUUU